ACCAGAUCGACAUGACAAAUCUUAGUAUUAUUGAAGACGGGAGAAGGUGGAUAGCCUCCGCAAAGAGGUCGGACCGUCUGGAAGUCGGAGAAUGCUGCCCUCGACAACCGUACAUCGAGAUUCAAAUCCCCAAGCUAGCGAGUUCAGUUACCAGGGUGACGAUAUCUACUGUGUCGCACGAUCAAGGUUGGAGCGACGAGAAAGACAGAUACGGAGGCACGUAUGAGAGGUCGAAUACGUACUUUGACAUUGUCGUCAUCACGCCAUCAUGCCAUGAUCGAGUUAGAUCUUUCAUCUUCCAGAUGAACGCACAUGCGGUUUUAGAGCCACGUCGACAUGAAAAUAUCUGGAAUGUGGAAUCUGAUGAUAAAACUCGGUGCGCAUGGUUGCAAUCUACCCGGGGAGGUGACACCAUACAGAUUUUUCCGGUAGCAAGGCUUCAAUUAUGGACCAAUUACGUUUAUGAAAUCGAAGCCAAGGUAGAAGGCGUCUUUCACGACCAAGGAAAGGAUCUAUCGAGUGAAAUCGCACAUCUGCAGAUUUCGCCUAGGGCGGAUAGACUCGGCAUCUACAAACCCCUAGAGGAGGCUCAUCGACAGACUCGUGUUCUUUCGCUAUAUCCGGGGAAUUUCGAAGACCCUCUAAUCUGUAGUAUCAUGACCGUCUCAUUAGAUGAUCCUGGUCAUGACGCAUAUGAAGCUCUAUCGUAUUGUUGGGGUGAUCUUCGUACGGAAGAGACGAUUCAAGUACGGGAACCAUUGGAAAAUUCGGAAGGCCUUGCACACGAUAUGGCCAUUACUUCGAACCUGUAUGAAGCUUUGAAGCAUCUGAGACCCGAGAGCGGACCACCACGUAACUUGUGGGCUGAUGCGGUCUGUAUCGACCAAACUAACUUCAAAGAACGAUCUCAUCAGGUCGCGUCGAUGCCUUCCAUCUAUACAGAAGCUACCCGUGUCGUCGUAUGGCUGGGAUCUAAUGUUAAUUCACCAAUAAGAAAGAAGUCUCUUUCAACUUUACGAAGAAUAGAAAAGCGUUUUGAAGACGAAUACGAUGUGUCGAAAACAUACACGUCUGAAGAAAGAGAACAAUUUGAGUCGAAGAUAAUCAAUGCCGAGAUUCAGAACUUGAUUAAUUACACGAUAGAUUGGAAUUCGUGUGAGUUCGACUGGUUCAGACGAACGUGGGUUCUUCAAGAGAUUUCAAAUGCGAGAAGUGCGGUUUUCCGGUGCGGAUUCGAUGAGUUAGGCUCAGCUCUUGUGAAAGGUAGUAAUCAACCAACUGGUGUUCUAAGAUCCGCAAUCGUACCGUCGAUAUGGUUCAGUAUCGUGCAGCUUGGAGAGACAAGUCAAGGACCCCACCUCAUGGCCUCGGAAGGGAUCCUCGAGAUUCUUAUCAAAGCCCAUAGUUUGAAAGCCACCGACCUUCGAGACAAACUGUUUGCGCUCCUUCAAUUUAGUAAGGAGUCAAAGGAUGUAACGCUUUCCCCUCGCGUUAGAGUAGACUACUCCAAAACUCCUCUUCAAGUCUUUACAGACUUUGUUCGUUGGUGGAUCUGCACGCACCGAUCGCUCAGGAUCCUAUCGGCUAUCCAUACACUUAAGGGUCGGAGUUGGCAACAGCUAUACUACGGAGAACCACCAGAGCUGAAAACACUCGAGUAUCCUUCAUGGUGUUUCUGGCCCGUGGGAGAUGAUAGGAUGGCCAGCUUUAUUCUGGGACUGUCUCGGGAUGCCCCAUAUCAAGCCAGCGGAUCAACUAUACCAGACGUCGAACUUGUAAACUCGCCAGAUAUCUCGAAAACCCCACACAUACUACAACUUAGCGGCCAUCGUUUAUGUACGGUCACCAAGAUCGAACCUUUUCCAAUUUGGGCUUUCCCUGACCAGCCUAACGAACUUAGGGAUGCAUUCAUGAAGGUAUUCGAUCCUGCUAGUUCCGGAAGAUUUUUGUUGCCUGGUACAGAUGGUCAAGAUGCCCAGAAACUCAAGGAAGCAAUCCAGAACUUCCUAGCCAGGCACUAUACGUAUCAUUCCCGCGGCUUCAAAGGGUCUAUUCCAUAUGUCCCAUGCCUAAGCCCCUGUUUCUUCGUAACCGACGAGCUCGGCGAACAGUGUUACGGAUUGUGUCCGCAUAACGCGCGGCCCGGAGAUAUUGUCGUGCUUUUAUAUGGUGGUCCCGUUCUCUAUAUACUGAGAGAGGUCAAUCCGGGUCCUGGGGACGAGAAAGUAGCUGGAGAAACAACUAUAGAUGGGAAAAGAUAUCACUUUGUGGGGGAAUGUUUCCUUUCAGGACAUAUGAAUGGGCAAGCUUUGACGAAAGUACAGGAAAAAGGACUCGGAAAGGAAAUCUUCGACUUAGUAUAG